CCCAAAACANNGAACCGAGGCAUUGGUCUUGCCAUCUGCGAACUCAUCUUGAAGACCAACCAGAAUGUCAAGCUGUACGCAGCGUCGCGUGCGGGAGCCGACCUUGGGCUCAAGAGUGCCGGUUCUGGAUUAAUCAAAUAUCCUAAGUUGGACGUAACCAAAGACCAAGACAUCAAGCAGCUGGCCGAAGAUAUCAAACGCGAAGACGGUCAAGUCAGCGUACUCGUCAACAAUGCUGGAGUCAACACUUACCCAGAACAUACUCCUGAAAGCGUGAAGCAAAUGCUCGAUGUCAACUACCGUGGAACAUACAAGAUGUGCAAGGCCUUCAUUCCUCUGCUUUCGCAAUCAGGUCGUAUCGUCAACAUGUCGUCUGUGGCUUCGCAGUUGAAAAUCUACAGCCAGCACAACGCAGCUCGUUUCAGAAACACAGGAUCAUACGAAGAUGUCGAAAAGAUUGCCCAAGACUACAUGCAAGCUGUUAAGGAGAAGAACGAGCUAGACUCGGGCUUUGGCGACAAGGGUCAAGGCUACAGCGUCAGCAAGGCAUGUGUCAACGCAAUCACUGCUAUACUCGCGCGUGAGAACCCAGGCCUCACCAUCAACGCAUGCUGUCCAGGCUGGGUGGAUACUGACAUGGGAGGUAUCAUGGGAAAGCCACCUAAGGAGNNCCCAGUAAUCGAUGGUGCUAAGAUUCCUGUAAAGCUUGGGUUCGGUGACAUUUCUGGCACAACCGGACGCUAUUGGGCCAAUCCUGGAAUCUCGGACAGGGAUGAUGGUCAAGUCAUGGCUUGGUAA